AUGCACGCUGUAGCCAUCAUGCCAGCUUCCUCAUCGGACCCUUUCAUCUCGCGCGCUGCCGGUAGCGACGCGAUGGACAUCUCGGACAACAUGACGAGCUCCCAAGCCGGUCCCCAUCGUCGUCAGGUAUCGCCAAGACACGCGGCCUCUGCAGGCAGUCCGGUCCCUCGAAGCGGCACUGCGACUCCGAGGAGCGCCAUGACGAUCAGUCCGACCUCUCAUCAUCAUCAGCCUGGCAUGCUCUGCUCAUCACCAACGACGAGUUCCUCACCUACUCAGAUGGUCUCCGCCAGCACCUCGCCCACUUUGCAAUCAGAUCGAGCGAGCGUACUUGGUGACAUCGAUGCGUCUGCUCCGUUUGCACACGCGUCACAGACACCGCGACUGCUCAUCGACACCUCUGGCUGCAGCGACAAGUUCAGCACCAAGAAGAACACAAAUUCAAGAUACGCACUGCCAUCGCCCGCCGUGCUCAUCGCCCAACCAGACGAUACUCGGCUAGGCGGUACUCAGCCUAGCUGGCCAAAGGGUCCCAUCACACCGCCAACACCCUUUGCUGACUCUAUCCGCUCGACGGCCCAAUCUGACGAUUCCGAGAUCUCAGAGAUGGACAUUGAAUCGAGCUACAUCUUUGUCACUCCCUCAGCUUCGGCGUCAAGUCUGGCAUCGCAAAAGUACAGAGAGGCGCAGAGCUCUGCUGCCCAUCUAACCUCAUCACCAUUGGACAGGCGGUCAAGCAGCGGUGCUACCGGCUCGUCCAAGGGCAAGAAGGUCUACUCCAACGCGACAAGCUUCCCUUUCCCUGCGCCCCUUACGCCGCCUUUGACUCCACGCGAUAUCGAGCAGAGUCAGCUCAGCCACGAUCAGCUCGUUGAGCAGCGACGCCAGCAAGAGCAGCAUGAGGCAAAACGCCUGCUGCAGCAAGAGCGUGAGCGCGAGCACCGCGAGGCAAUGCAACAGCAACAGGCGUUUAACCAGGGUGCGCCGCUCACGCCUGCCAUCACACCACCAGCAGCUACUUUUGGCGAGACACAUCAGCAGACGACCGUGUCUGGUCGCGCUCUCGCUACCUAUCGUAUGCAUCCUCGCUUCGCGGCGCAGUAUACUAUCGUCGAGGAGCUCGGCGCAGGCGGAUUCGGCUUUGUUGUUCGUGCAAUUCGCAACGUUGACGGCGCCAAUGUUGCUGUCAAGUUCAUCUACCGCGACAAGGUACCUUCUCACGGCUGGGUCAAGAUCAAGAACUGGGAUGGUGGCCACGGUGGUCAAGCCGCUGCCGGUGACAAGCUCAUACCGAUGGAGGCCUACGUUCUCCGUGCCGUUCGUCAUCCUGGCGUUGUUGGCUUUGUCGAUCUGUUCGAAGAUUCGAAAUACUUCUAUCUCAUCAUGGAGCACCAUGGAACCCCGUGGCAAGCGCCUGAGAAGACUAACAAUACUACACCCUGCUCUUUACCGAGCCUAGCUUCGGCUGUUGCCGGUAAACAAACUGUCCAGUCACCGUCCACGCUCAACGCGUCGCUUGCACCUGAUUCAUCACCGCUCGCGCUCAAAUCAUCAUCACUCACUUCCGUGCGACCUAGUGCGCCCAAGAUGAUGUCUGCCCACUCUCUGAGCCCGCCGGCAGCACCACCAAUGAUCAGGCGAUCGUCUUGUGACCUGUUCGAAUGUAUCGAGCAACACUCGCGCUUUGGCGAGGACACUGCCCGAUACAUCUUUGCGCAGGUCGUCGACGUCGUCCACUACCUAGCUGGCAUUGGAGUACAACACAGAGAUCUCAAGGACGAGAACAUUGUGGUCGACAUGCAUUUCCGCGUCAAGCUCAUCGACUUUGGAUCUGCCGUCAUCUCGGAUCCGCGCAAGCCGCCACCUUUUUACAACCGCUUCUACGGCACCGUCAACUUUGCAUCUGCAGAGAUUCUGCGCGGCGAAGCGUACAGAAGUCAGCCUGCUGAGGUCUGGUCACUCGGGAUCCUGCUGUCCAUCCUGAUCACUGGCGAAUCACCCUUCAGCGAUCCGCUGCAAGCCAUCGCGGGCAAAAUGAACAAGCCAAAGGCUCCAAUGUCACACGAUUGUCAAAACCUGCUGGCAGGAUGCCUGCAGACAAACCCAGAUGCGCGAAUGACAAUCGAGCAAGUCAAAGAUCAUCCAUGGGUCCGGGGCUACCGCAGUCGACAGGCCGUAGCCGCUCGAUAA